AUGGGCCGUGUUGUUAUUCUUGCCGUUGCUGCAUUUGCCAUCGUUUCGCUCUACUCGUCGUAUCCAGUUGCUGCAUAUCCCAUCGCCGGAGGUUGGUCUGUCGUCAAGGAUGCGUACAAGAAUAAAGACGUGCGGGCGCUUGCCAGUUUCGCCGUUGAACAACAUAACAGUGACAAGAACACGAACCUCCAGUUGGAUUCCGUUACAGCUGCGUGGCGACAAGUGGUGGCUGGCAUCAAGUGGAAAAUUGUUCUGCGUGCUGUGGACCCCGUGAGUCCCACCAAGGGGCGAGCACCUACCAAAUACGUGGCAGAGGUUUGGGAAAAGUCGUGGGAAGACUUUCGUCAGUUGCUAUCUUUUAAGGAGGUGACAACAACCUCUCCGAGGCGCAACUCACGUGACUAG